UCAAUCAUCCCAAAGAUGUUUCUCGACUGUAUCAUCUGCCUUCCCGUAGCUGUACAUAGCAUACCUAGGCGAAAGGAAGCAUGGGCACCCAGAUGAUGUCGUCGCCUCGCACCAUGAUACACUGUCAAGCGUUCUUGAAAGGUGACCUCUCCGUUCAGCCUGGUCACUUCAACUCAACACUCGUUUUCCCCAGCUCUGAUUUCAUCUAAGACAUUUUUGUGAACCGUAAUCAUGCUUCACCACUCAACGCAUUGCAAGGCAUCUCUUUACCAAUGGACUGAUCAUGCACAAUCCUGAAAUUUCAGUAAACAAGAUAUUUUAGAUUCCAUCAUCUAUAGCUACAAGCAUGGAUUCUCGGGCUUCGCGGCCAUGCUUACAAAAGAGCAAGCACAGCAACUUGCAGAUGAUCACCGUCUGGGGCAGCGCCCGCGGGGCUGGAGCCGGCAGCUCGGCCACCGUGCUCGCGGCCAUCGAUGACGCGAUACACGACGGAGUGGACGUGCUGUCGCUGUCGCUCGUCGUGGAGGAGAACUCGUUUGGCGCCCUGCAAGCCGUCCAGAAAGGGAUCACCAUCGUGUACGCCGCCGGCAACUUUGGGCCCGCACCACAGGUGGUCCAGAACACAGCUCCUUGGGUCAUCACCGUCGCGGCAAGCAAGAUUGAUCGGUCUUUUCCAACCGCGAUCACGCUGGGAAACAAGCAACACAUCGUGGGACAAUCUCUGUACUACGAAGGGAAGAACUUGUCAGGGAGUACCUUCAGGCUUCUUGCAGAUGGAGGCUUAUGCACUGCUGAUGCUCUGAAUGGCACGGAUGUGAGGGGAAAAAUUGUGUUGUGUGUUGCUUUCCCAGUAUCGCCGCUUGCACUUUUCCCACUCGCACUGAAGAACGUCCUGGAUGGUGGGGGCUCCGGUAUCAUCUUUGCUCAAUACAGCAUGAACGUUCUAGAUGCGACAGCAGAUUGCAAAGGCAUUCCAUGCGUUCUCGUGGACUUCGAUACUGCGAACCAGAUUGGCAAUUACAUGGGCGAUGCAAGCUCUCCUGUGGCGAAGAUCGAACCAGCACGCACUGUCACAGGUGCAGAGGCACUGGCUCCAACGGUGGCAGCAUUCUCCUCAAGAGGUCCAUCGAUCAAUUACCCUGAAGUUAUCAAGCCUGACAUAGCGGCACCAGGAGUCAGCAUCCUAUCAGCCAAAGAAGAUGAAUAUGCAUUGGGCUCAGGGACAUCUAUGGCAACGCCACAUGUUGCAGGCAUCGUUGCGCUGCUGAAAGCCCUGCACCCGAAUUGGUCUCCAGCAGCACUAAGAUCAGCCAUCAUGACAACUGCAUCUGUAACUGAUGGGCGCGGCAUGCCGAUACUCGCACAAGGAUUGCCCCGGAAGAUCACUGACCCAUUUGACUAUGGAGGGGGGGGGGGGUACAUAAAUCCUAACAAGGCAGCUGAACCUGGCCUGGUUUAUGACAUUGAUCCAAGUGGCUACAACAAGUUCAUAGGGUGCACGUUCAAGAAGUUUAUAAGCUGCAACAAAACAAUGCUACCAGGAUAUCAUCUGAACUUACCAUCCAUCGCCAUUCCAGAUCUGAGGCAUCCCAUUACUGUAUUGAGAACGGUCACAAACAUAGGUGAGGUCGAUGCAGUUUACCACGCUGAAAUCCAGAGCCCUCCUGGAGUCAACGUGGAUGUUGAGCCGUCUGUUCUUUCGUUCAAUGCUGCAAGCAAAGUUAUGACCUUUCAGGUUAAGUUAUCGCCUCUAUGGAGGUUACAAGGGGACUACACAUUUGGUAGCCUUACUUGGCAAAAUGGCCAAAAUACAGUGCGAAUCCCGAUUGCAGCCCGGAUCAUAAUUCAUGAUUUCUUUGCAGACGUUGCAUAACUAAGGUAAAACAUGCAUGCUA